CUUCUGCUGCAGAGCAGACGGUUAAUCAUAAGUGGCCGUGUAGCAGUCUAUGAUUAGUAGUAAUAAACUCAGGCCACAAGUAUUCCGCAGUGUACUGCGGAGGUCGUUUAUUUUUAGUCGAGAAAUAUUAAUGAAAAAUUUUUAAGAAACUGCUUCGAAACGAAAUCGGCAAAUGCUGCGCCGCCAUAACUAAGCGCAAAAGACCUUCAAGAUUGUCAAAUUUACUACACUCACUCUGAACGAUUGAGCGGCCAAGCGCGAGCUUAGUUUUGAGCCCACUUUAUUGCUGAGAGCGCAGAGCGAGCCAACGAGUUUUGGGUUGUGGAGCAGAAUGUGAUUUUAUUCAAUUAUUUGUAUCUCGACUUUGCAUGGUUUCGUGGAUGUUUGUACUUUUCGGCUCUUUUUUUGGUGAUGUGUUUCAGUUUAUCUACUUUAUAUAUUAUUAAAAUGUAAAAGAUUUUCGAUACGAAAAUACUUUCUAAUAAACGAAAUGAAAUUGGCGUGAAGGUGUUGAUGAAAUUUGACGAGAAAAAUGCGAAGAAAAAUGUGAAAAUAAAUUAAAAGUAUCUACAAACAAGUUAUCCACACUCCACACCUGUGAGCGAUAAGCAGCACUUGCAUGCAGUAAUAUACUUAUGUAUGUAUGUAUGUAUGCAUAUAUGUACAUAUAUACUCAUAGGCAAAUACAUGACUGUGGAGAAAAUUUACAAACUCCCGGCAUAAAUACGAACAUCUACCAAGUUUUACCGUAAAACAAUUGAGCAAAAAAAUAUUUACUUAAGUGUUGUUAAAUGCUUAUAUGUAUAUAAAUAUCUAAGUGUAAGUGCAUGAAUGUUAAUAUUAAAUAUAUUAUAUGUGUGUGUGUGCCUUAAAUCCACUUAAACCACUUGUUAAUUUAUUCUAAAAGCAAUCAAAAAAAAAAAAAACAAAAACAAAAACAAUGCAUCCAAUCAACCGUGUUUGUGCAAUAUUAUUUUGUGGCAUUUUGCUAGCUACAUUUACUACAACAACAACAACAAACGCGAUCACCACAGCAACGCAACAAGUGACACCUUACAAGUUCGGCGCGGAGAGUAAGCAUGUCUUGCGUGCAACGGCCCCCAAUUGGCAAGCUAAAUUCACACCGUUACAAUUGCAAAUGCAUAUGGGAACGAGCGCUGAUGUGUUGUUGGAAUUAACAGAUUUACCGUUCGACGCUGCUUUCGAGGUCUUAAGCGAAAAUCCACACCUGGCUAACGUAGAGUAUCUCAUACCCGCCGAUGUUAUAAAUCCCACAACACAAAAUUGGCGUGGUAAUGUUACUGUCGAUGCGCUUUUUCUCGGCUCCACCAAAGUUUAUGUGCGUCGCGUCAACACCAGCGAACGUGCUGAAGGCACACUCGAGCUAACGAUUAUACGGCGCACACGUAUUAUCGAUCAUGUAUUCACCGGCUCUGUAGCGCUGCUUGUCUCCUUACUCUAUAUUAAUUUCGGCGCUGCUUUAGAUGUGGCCGUGUUGCGCAGCCUUUUAUCACGCCCUUUCGCGCCGCUCAUUGGCUUUUUAACACAAUUCAUUGUUAUGCCACUCCUCGGCUAUGGCCUUGGUGUGCUCAUAUUUCCCGAUUCACCAGAAUUGCAGUUGGGUCUCUUCUUUACGGGUGUUUCGCCCAGCGGUGGCGCAUCGAAUAUCUGGGCUGUCAUAUUGGGUGGUAACAUAAAUCUCUCCGUACUCAUGACUACCAUAAGUAACUUUGCCGCCUUUGGCAUGAUGCCUUUGUGGAUCUUCACACUCGGCCAGCUGAUUUUCGAUCGUGCAAAUAUCACAGUACCUUACGAAAACAUUGCAACAUUUGCGGUAUCGUUGGUGGUGCCACUCGGCAUUGGUUUAUGCAUACAACGUUGGUGUCCGCGGCUGACACGAGUGCUGGUGCGUUUACUCAAACCGAUAUGUACGUGCCUUAUACUUUUCAUCGUCAUCUUUGCCAUCGUGACAAAUCUCUACUUAUUCGAGUUGUUCUCGUGGGAGAUCAUCGUUGCCGGUUUUGCACUGCCUUGGCUGGGUUACGUAAUAGCUUGGUGUGCUGCAAAGGCUCUACGGCGGAACUCCGUCGAUUCGUUGACCAUUGCUAUUGAGACGGGCAUACAGAAUACGGGCAUUGCGAUAUUCCUUUUGCGCUUCAGUUUGCCACAACCAGAAGCCGACCUGACUACAGUCAUUCCCGUCUCAGUGGCGAUAUUAACGCCCAUACCCUUACUCGGCCUGUACGUUUACAAACGUUGUGCCGAGCGUGGUAUUAAGGACGGGCAACUACCAGAUACCCAACAAUCUAUUACCCCAACUCAUAGGUAUUAAUUAGGUGGUAGAUUAAAGACGAUAGACUUAAUGUAGUCGUUCCUAUUUAUUAAAUGCAUCACAUCUAUCCCAUCGCUUGGGUGAAAGGGUUUCCAAAAAGUGCUGUUAAGGGCACUGAAAUACAAAAUAAAGGGUGUUUCUUUAAACAUGUGGUUUUCAAAAAGAAAUAAAUUGUUAAUGCUAAGAAGUGGCCAAGAAUUUAGCUUACUUAGAUUAUUGAUAAGGGUUUGCCAUUAUAUUUUUAAAAUGAUAUUGAUAAAAUGACCCGAUAGUCGAAGGGCCCAAUUUUUUUACUUUAGCAGCAAUCAUAAACGUAUAUCAGCAAGCAAGCGCCGAAUAUUCUCUUCGGGGGUGUCACUCGAGAGGCUUUCUUGCAUAGACAAGUGACUUCACAUAAUCACACAAAAAAUACUCCAGCGGUGUUAAAUCGAGAUCUUAGAAGCCACACCAAGAGUCUACGACACGAAAUAAUUGCCCACAUCCAUAUUCUCCAAUUCAGGCACGAAAAAGUAAUUAAAUGUGGAUUUAUAGCGUACCUUAACGACUAAAAUAUUAAGAUCAGCUACCAUCUCGUUUUAAACACAUUCACCGAACAUGUGACACACUCAACGGCCGACGGCGGAGCAUUGUUGUGCAAGCAAUUGCUAUUGGUAUGCCACUGUAAGUAGCACCCCAAUAGGCAAUUUAUAGAAGCUGAACCUCCACCUGGGAGAAAGGGAGUACUAAACAUGAAGGACACCAUUCAGCAAAACGGAUAAGAACCGCUGGGCAAAACGGCGUACAGACAAGCACUGAACGCCUUUACCAGAAGUCAGUCAACGCCUUUAAAGGCUCCCUUCCCGUGAAGGGCGUGCUCGGAGAAAAACAACCACCCAUUGCAGACAACGAGCUCGAGCCGCCUCGAGAGACCCGCUUGGCACUGGA